AUGGCCAGGCCAACAUCAGCAACGGUAAUACCCUACAUCGUUGGAAUUUCCGGGCCGUCGUCGUCUGGGAAAACAACGCUCGCCCGGCUUUUGAAGUGUGUCUGCGAUGUUGAUGUUUCCGGCAGCAAAUGUUCAGUGAAGCUGUUCAUCCUAUAUGAAGACGAUUUCUACAAGACCAAUAUAGAUGUGCCUAACGUGACAGUAUUGUCAUCCAAGCACGGAGCACGGGAGCUCAAAGAUUGGGACUGCAUUGAGUCUCUCGAUCUGGAUCGGCUGGGGUCAGCUCUACACUACUUUAAGAAGCACGGCAUGCUCCCACCGCGCAUGGUGAAUAAAGAAGGCCGGAAUAAUGUCGUAGAUCUUGGGGUGUCGUCUAGUACGGUGGCCAACUUCCGUAUGGCAUUCAAAAUUUGGCUGGAGGAAUUUUACUACUCUUCGUUGUCUCAUACACUCCUUGGGGACGUCUCUAGUGUCGAGAUUCGAGUGUGCAUUCUGGACGGAUUCCUCCUCUACCCGAAGAAACCGGGUUCUGGCACAAAUGACCAAAUGCACGCGAAGCUGUACAAUCUGACGAACACACUGCUGGACCUAAAGUUGUUCCUACUGUCCCGGCGGGAACAGACCGUCAGACGCCGGGCCCAACGGAUGCGCUACGCAACUCUCAAGGACUUUUGGGAUGAUCCACCAGGCUAUGUGGAGGACGUGGUGUGGCCUAACUACGAGAACGAGCACUCUUGGAUGUUUGUCAACGGUAAUGUGGCGGGUAUGGAGAUCGACCAGGAGCGUGUACGCGACGAGGGGAUAAUAGUUGACCCAGGCCUUGCUGAUAAAGGCAUGGGAGAGAUUCUAGCAUGGGGGUUGGGAUGGAUCAAGGAGACUCUCAGCGCCAGGUCACGCUUAAAGGCGUAG